ACUGCUAAAGUUCUUUACAAUUGGUUCAGUUGGGUUCAGUUCAUAUUUAUCAGCAUUUACCAACGAAUGCAUGAAUUUGAAAAUUUCUACUGAAAAAUGAGUGUCUCAAGCAAGUCACUUAACGAUAAAAUUUUAAAUUUACGUCCAGAACUUUCAAAUGGCAUUUCACCAGAGAUAUUCGAAAGAAUUUGUGAGCAACCACUGGCGCAACCGUUUUUAAAAUGGUUCAACGAGAAUGUGAAUUACAUAAAUGUUCUUUCUAACGAAGAACUACAAAUAAAAAAUAGAUUACAAAAUAACAAUGAAUGGUUGGAAGGUCCUGAAUUGGACUGUGCAUUAGAAGAAGCCACCAAGAAAUGUCCUGAUUUAUUAAAAAUCGUUUCCUUUGAUGACACAAAUAUAACUGAUUUGUUUGUCGAAUAUGAAACAGUUAAAGAUGCAUAUAAGGAAGAUGAAAACUUUAUUCUUGUUAUACAAAAUGGAAUUAGUAAUUUAAAAGAGGUAGAAACACAGCUCGAUGAGAAUAUUGAAAAAGAAUCGGAGUACCUGCACAGAGAAUGUAUUACGGCAGAUAAAACGUAUGAAGAUUGUUUAGCAAUUUUGAAUGAUUUUGAUGCAAAUAAUCGUGAGUUUUACAGAGAAGUUGAGUGUCUGUUAAAUAUGUAUGCAGAUGCAGCUGAAAAUAAAGGAGUACCAUUAGUAUGGACCCAAAUGCCACUGGAACUUUUCAGUAAAAACCUAGAACUGUACAAUCAUUAUUUAGGUGUUCAUAUAAAAAAUCAAUUUGGAGAUAUUUUCAAAGAAGGGGACAAAAAAGACUCAAACUAUGUUUCCUUAAUUAAUGAUUGUCCAGAAAUACAUAUAGACAAUGAAAAGCUACAGGAAUUAACAUUGUGUAAAGCAAACUUAACUAAUAUAAAGGUAGAAGAAAUUCUAGCUAAAAUACGAGCAGUGUCAUACAUAGCGAUGUUAGAACAUGUGAAAGAUAUAUACAAUGCUGGCAAUUUAAAAGUACCUAAAGUCUCUGAAUUGAGGACAGAAAUUUCAAAAUUAACUUCAAAGAGAGAUUUUUUGGAAGAAAGUGUGUCUCUACAAGAACGUCAGUUGACAGACAUUACACAACAGUUUGCAGAAUUAGAAAUGAAAAAAGUUUUAAAACAGGAUGCUUGUUCGAAACUCAAACAAAGAAAAGUACGAUUGGAAGAGCUUAAGAACUUGUUAUUUUUAGCGCGUGAGCAUGGGCAUGUUCAUGCUGACUUAUUAUGUAUCCUAAUGCAGAUACAGUUUUCCCGACUUCGAGAUAUUUCUGAAUUUGUGGCUGAUAGUCAUCACUAUCUGACAUCAGAAUAUUCGCUGUCCUCGGCCAGAUGUGAAAGUAUGCAGCAGCAACAGCAAGAGUAUUUUACGCUUAUGUCAUCUUCUCCAAACACACAUAACUCGUUCAACAAGAUUUUAGUUUCUAUGCUGUACAAUGACGACAAUGCACAUCAAUUUGAUUCUGCAUUAGAUAGAUAUAACGAACUCAUAGAUGAAAACAGGGUCAAGAAACAAUUCAUAAUAGAAACACAUCCAAAUUCUAGAAUUGAUAAAUUGAAAAUGUUGGGAAACGAAAUAAGUGAGAAACUUGCGAGUGAAAGUCAGAAGGGACCAACUUACACUUUCAAAUCAGGUUCCUAUGAAAUUGAAACGAGUUACAAAGAAAUGUCCGAGCAAUUGCAGAACAUACACACGGACUUAACCAAAAUGAGAAAUCAAAUGAAGAAACAAAUGAAGACUCGCAUAGGUUUUGAACUAGAAAGAAAUGUACUGUGGCAACGAUUUUUAGUUGAUCCAGACACGUUAAUAAGGAAAUAUAAAGAGGCCAAACUAAUGUCAAAUAAAUCUUCUUUUGAAAAUGUAUUCGAAACCGAAUAAGACACGAUUUCCGAAACAAUAAUGUGAGUAUUAAGAAGUAGUGAAAACGAUUCUGAGGUAUAGACGUUCUAUGCGAGCGUUGAAAUCACCGCUAAUAGGCUAAAUAUAACUGUAUA